AUGCAUUGUGAAGGACAUUGCCGGUCUCACGGUUCCCUUGAAUCUUCCUCAGGAGGGAAUCGAUCCAACGUCCUGCAUAAAGUUUGUGUUUCCAUGUGGGAAACCUCCGAAUGCAACAAGAAGAUAUUACAGCAUGACAUCCUCAGGAGACCCUAUCCGAAUGGGGCGACGACCCGAAUCAUCUGCGCCAGCGACAACGACAAAGACUCCUGUCAGGUGCAGAAUGCUGGCUUCCCUCUUUCCAUUCGGGAAAUUUUUUCAUGCGCAGGGAGACUCAGGCGGUCCGCUCAUGAUCGGUCGAGGCAGCUGCCAACAUUACGUGUUGGGGACAAUUGCAAGUGGCGUCGGAUGCGCGACUCAAGAAUUCCCUGGCUUCUACACCCGGAUUCCCGCUUACUUGGAUUGGAUCGAGGGUAUCGUCUGGAAAGAUGA